AUGAAGUCAAUAAUAAUUAUUAUAGUUAAUAUAGGAUUGUUAAUUUUAGAUUCUCCUUCUGUUAAUGCUAUGAUCAAUUAAAUAAAAAUUAUAAAUAUAUGGCAUACUAUUAUUAUAUGUAGUUUUUAUGAUUCUAGUUAAUUAUUAAUAUAAAGGGAUUGCUAACCUAAAUGUAGACUUAGAUAUAACUAUAUAAAGAAUAUGAAGAUUGUAAUAAUACUUUAAAUGAUUUAUGCAAUACUUGCCAAUUUCAAAGUCCAAAAAUUCUUAAAUUUAAAAUUAACUAACUACUUUACUUUGUCCAAAUGCUUGUGUGAAUGUAAAAUCUUCAUUUGA